AUGGAGUGCGUUUUCGGAUUAGUCGGUAAUGGCUUCGCUAUUGUGGUGGCUGAUACAUCCGCAGUUCAUAGCAUCCUCGUUCACAAGUCCAACGAGGACAAGAUCAUGCUCCUCGAUUCACACAAACUUGUUGCGGCUAGUGGCGAACCCGGCGACAGGGUUCAAUUUACUGAGUAUAUUCAGAAAAACGUUGCUUUGUAUCAGUUCCGUAAUGGGAUCCCUCUCACCACCGCCGCCGCCGCCAAUUUCACUCGUGGUGAGCUCGCCACAGCUCUCCGCAAGAACCCCUACUCUGUGAACAUCCUUCUUGCUGGUUAUGACAAAGAGACUGGACCAUCACUAUACUACAUUGACUACAUUGCAACACUACACAAGCUUGAAAAGGGAGCUUUUGGUUAUGGUUCCUAUUUUUCACUAUCAAUGAUGGACAGACACUAUCACAGUGGAAUGUCUGUGGAAGAAGCAAUUGAUCUUGUUGAUAAGUGCAUUGUGGAAAUCAGAUCAAGGUUGGUUGUCGCACCUCCAAACUUUGUUAUCAAAAUUGUUGACAAGGACGGUGCAAGAGAGUAUGCAUGGCGCCAAUCAGUCCAGGACACACCUGUUCCUUCAGCUUGA